AUGAGCAAGCCUGCCGGCCCUAAUGCCAACACACAAUCCGCCCGUGAAACGCUUGUGAACAACCCGACGGACUACACUGCCAAACUCUUCCCGGACCUCUUCUACACUCAGAUUGAUGUCGAAAUCAUUGUGACGCCUUGGGAUCAGGGAGAUAUCGGCGACUACAUCGAGUUCGGACCCACGAAGGAGAUCCUCUUCCUCAAUUCGGAUGCCGACUUUGUGACGUCGAAACUGAUCGUCGGCGAUCGGUUGCUGAAGCUGGACGACAAACCGGUUGCAGGCCUGAUCGCUGAAGAUCUCGUGAGGACGUUGCAUCAGGAGGGCAAGCACAAGCUUUCCGUCACCCGUCGCGUCGGAUUAACGCCAGUGCCACGCGCGCGCAUGAACAGCUUGGGCCUCAUGAACACCUACGGCUUCACAUAUGCUGUGCUGGGAGUGACCCGCGCCUCUGGGGAUGACAUGACCAAGUUGAAGACGUUCGGCUACCAGGGCCGUGUCGUCAACAACAAGGUGUUUGUCUGCAAGGUUUUUCCGGGCACCCCUGCAGCGCGGUGGCUGGCGGUCGGCGAUGCGCUGCUCGAUCUGAACAACUCUCCUGUACCGUUCAACCAGACUACAUUUGUGAAUCAGUACUGGCACAACUACAAGACAAAGGGCGGUUUCACUGCAGUCGUCGAACGCCCAUGUACGCAGGAGGCUCUGGACACAAUCAACGGCCUCAUCGCUUCAUUUUUCCCACCGCCGCAGCAGCAACAAAUUCACAUGGGAGCGGAUGCUGUGUCGAUUGGGGCGAACGCCUCAAAGAUGCAUCGAAUGUUCUACCGGAAGAUCCAGCCGAUCCCUCUCUUGAAGACAGCCCCGGCUGGAUCCAGCAUCAUGGGCGCCCCGCCCCAGCAACUGCAAGCGCCAGCGGUCACGGCAAGCCUGUCGGUGAUGAGCAAGCCUCUCGGAGAGCCGACCACCUGCUACUCGGUUUUGGGGAAGCUCCCGGUCGAUCCGGCUGCCUUGAAGAUGACGUCUGUGAUGGGACAGAUUCCGAUGGAUGCCCCCGUUUCGAAUUCGGUCAUGGGCAAACCCGGCGAGUCCAUGAUGGGCAAGCCGUCCGAGUCCGUGAUGGGCGCUCCGUGCGAAUCAAAUAACAACAAGAAACAAACGUUGUCCACCUACUCGAUCCUGCCGAAGGCUGUGUCGGUGAUGGCUGCUCCGCAGUUGCGACGGGCUAGGUCUCUAGGCCGUACCAGCAGCACCAACGUCGCGCGCACCAAAUCGACUAGCCAGACGAACAUUGGUGGAAGGCCGACCGUACGCAUAUGGAACAAGGUCACCGAAACAUCGAUCGGCACCGACGUUCCGGAGGAAAAGAGGCUCAAAAGAGUGCCCAGCAAGGCGAAGAAGGGCUUCUUCUCUUUCCUCGAUCUCUUC